CUAACCAGACGACCAGCUCCGGCUUCAAGCUCCCCUAGCGAAGGCAGGACCCCGAGAGCCUGCUCCUGGAAUACCGCAUUGUUUUAUAAUUUCCAUCAAGAGAGAGAGAAAGGUGAUGGUGCUGAUGAUGCGCCCGCGAUGGUGGAUUUCCCUUUUGUGCGUCUGUGGAUUGAUGCACGUCGGUCACCAGAGCAGCCCAAAUGACCAAAAUGGAGACGCCUUGUCGAGCUUGAAGGCUCUUCGUGAUGCAGGCAGGUUUGUCGGGAAGGAGGGCACGGUGCCUCUCCGCCUGCUCUACAGCAGGCACAACCACAGCCAGAUCACCGAGGAUGAGCUCAGCACCAGGGUUAAAGCCAGCUCCGGAUCCACACAGGUGAACCAUGUGGCCCAAGCAAGCUUUCAAGUCGACGCUUUUGGCAGAAAAUUCAUCUUGGAUGUAGAGCUGAAUCAUGAUCUGCUGUCUUCAGGGUACGUGGAAAGGCAUUUGUCAGAAAAAGGGAGGACAGUCGUCAGCAAUGGAGGAGAGCACUGCUACUAUCAGGGGAAGGUCAGAGACAUUCCUCUCUCCUUUGUGGCUCUCUCGACCUGUCAUGGAUUGCAUGGGAUGUUUUUCGAUGGCAAUCACACCUACAUGAUCGAACCUGGAGGACAAGGCAGCAGCGAUGGAGAUGUCCGCAUUCACAUGAUCUAUAAAUCUGCAGGGCAAGAUGGAUUAAAUGAUCUCCUCAAUGGUGAUCUUCCAGAGCCGCCUUUUCCAAGCCCUCCAUUUCCAGGCUCAAAAGUUGUUCACAGGAGAAAAAAGAGACAGGCUACACACGUGUCACGAAGUGUAGAAGAUGAGACCAAAUACAUUGAGUUGAUGGUGAUUAAUGACCAUCUAAUGUAUAAGAAGCAUCGGCUUUCCGUUGGGCACACGAAUAACUAUGCUAAGUCAGUGGUCAAUAUGGCUGACAUGAUUUUCAAGGAACAACUUAAUACCCGGAUUGUGCUAGUAGCCAUGGAAACGUGGUCAGCUGACAACAAGUUCAACAUCGACGACGACCCCAUGGUGACGCUGAGGGAGUUCAUGAAGUAUCGGAAAGACUUCAUCAAGGAGAAAUGCGACUCUGUUCACCUCUUCUCAGGAAAUCGUUUUCACAGCAGCUGGGGAGGAGCUUCCUAUAUGGGAGGGGUUUGCUCCCUGACUAAGGGAGGGGGAGUCAAUGAGUACGGGAAAACAGAUGAGAUGGCCAUAACGCUCGCUCAGUCUCUUGGACAGAACAUUGGCAUCUUUUCUGACAAGAAGAGGAUCCUCAAUGGCGAGUGCAAGUGUGAUGAUCGGUGGUCGGGCUGUAUCAUGGAUGAUGUUGGUUUCUACCUGCCCAAGAGGUUCUCCGACUGCAACGUGGAGGAGUACCAUAACUUCCUACACAGCGGCGGAGGAGCCUGUCUGUUCAACAAACCUCUGAAGCUGUUGGACCCUCCGGUAUGUGGAAAUGGCUUUGUGGAGCCAGGAGAGGAGUGUGACUGUGGCAGCCCAGGGGAAUGUGCCAGAGAGGGGGAGGCCUGCUGUAACAAGUGCACCCUGACCCAGGGCUCCAAGUGUAGUAACGGACUCUGCUGCAACAACUGCCAGAUGGAGUUCAUGGGAGUUGUGUGCAGAGAUGCUGUGAAUGACUGUGACAUCCCAGAAAACUGCACAGGCAACUCCAGCCAGUGUCCACCAAAUGUGCACAAGAUGGAUGGCUACACAUGUGAAAAGGACCAGGGUCGCUGCUUCAAUGGAAGGUGCAAAACCAAAGACAGACAGUGCAAGUACAUUUGGGGAGAGAAGGCGACAGCGGCCGACAAGUUCUGUUAUGAGAAAUUAAACAUUGAAGGGACAGAGAAAGGAAACUGUGGGAAGGACAAGGACACCUGGAUCCAGUGUAACAAACAGGAUGUUCAUUGUGGAUACCUGCUGUGCUCCAACAUCUCACCUGCCCCGCGAUUGGGAGAGCUGCAGGGCGGGCUGACCUCUUUCUCAGUAGCGCGGCACAGUGCUUCUCUUGACUGCAGUGGUGCUCAUGUGCUGAUCGAUGGUGACACUGACCUGGGAUACGUCGAGGAUGGGACGGCCUGCGGGACAGACAGCAUCUGUUUCAAUCACAAAUGUCUCCCCGUCCAACAGUUCAACUUCAGCACCUGCCCCGGGACCACCGACAAAACAGUCUGCUCUGGACACGGGGUGUGCAGUAGUGAGCUGAAGUGUGUGUGUUACCUGGGCUGGGCAGGAGAGGAUUGUAACUCCACGUCUCCUCUCAGUUAUCUUGUGGUGGGACCCACUGUCCCAGUUUCAGGUAUCACCACUACCAACAUCAUCGUCGGGGCCAUCGUAGGCUCCAUCCUCUUCCUCGCCCUCAUACUGGCUGUUACAGCCUUGUGUUACAAGAGCUACAAACAGAGACGCUACAAUGAGUCUGAGGUUCACCGAAGAUUCUGCCGGCAAAUGCCCCCAGGUGACUAUGUAACAAAGCCUGGGGAUGCAGAUUCAUUUUACAGCGACAUGCCUCCGGGUGUGAGCACAAACUCUGGCUGCAGCUCCAAGAAGAGGUCAGCCUGCCUGUCGCACCUGCAGAUUUGCACCUUGUCCUUCACUGCCUCCAUCCCAUCCAUUACUCAGAACAUCUCACUGUUUGGCUUCAGAUCUAAUGGCCUUUCCCACUCAUGGAGUGAGAGAAUCCCAGAUGCCAAACACAUCUCUGACAUCUGUGAAAAUGGGCGACCAAGGAGCAACUCAUGGCAAGGAAAUCUGAGCGGUAAUCGUAAGAAACUGAAAGGGAAGAAGUUCCGUGCUCGCUCUAACUCCACAGAGACACUAUCCCCUGCCAAGUCUCCCACUUCCUCUACAGGAUCUAUUGCAUCCAGCAGGAGAUACCCCUACCCCAUGCCCCCUCUCCCCGACGACCAGAGGAAAGCCAACAGGCAGAGUGCCAGGCUGUGGGAGACUUCAAUAUAACAGCCAUCUUACCUACUCUGCAAAAGACCUUAAGGAACUACACUUGUCUCUCCUUUUCUAUGAAUGAAAAACACAAAAAUAAAACAAAAUUAACUCUGAGCGAUUAAAAGAGAAAGUGAGAGAGCCCCCCACUGGAGUGGAAAUAGGCAAAAUGUGUGUGUGAGUCAGUGUGUGCAAGCAUCUCCGAGACUGUCUUGCCUGACAUCGUCAUUCAGUGGAUUUCUACAAGGCGAUGCGGAGUACUGGCCGAGAAACCAGCUCCACAUCCACUCCAGAACAGCUGGAGCUCAGACUGAGCUGUUCCUGUCUGCUCAGUCCUCACCUAUGGGU